AAUGUUCGUGCAAUAAUCGAAAAUCCCAAUCAAAACCCUAAUCUACUAAUUGUCGUCCUUCGAUGCUAACUCGACAAUUUUCUAUUCAAACGAAUUUGAAGCGCCUACUAGUGAAAUCCAUUUGAAUCGGAUCUUGAGCCAUGCAGCUCACUCUCGAAUUCGGUGGUGGACUUGAACUUCUAUGUGAUUCGGUCAAGAUCCAUAACGUGAAUGUUGAGCCACAAGGUGAAGAAAAGAAGAUAACCGUAAAGCACUUGCUCUCGUGGGUCCGUACGAAUUUGAUUAAGGAAAGACCGGAAAUGUUUAUGAAAGGAGAUACAGUGAGACCUGGAGUUCUAGUCCUCAUAAAUGACUGCGAUUGGGAACUAAGCGGGCAGCUUGAGACGGUACUGGAAGAGAAGGAUGUUGUAGUUUUCAUCUCAACAUUACAUGGCGGCUAGGAUCUAUAAAAGCAAUUCGGUAUUACAUGGUGUAAAACAUCUAAACGCUAAGCUCAAUCCUUUGCAUGUGAUGAAUGCUAAUCUGAUAUAUAUUUAAACCCAGAAUAAGUUCUCCUUGCAUUUUGUGCGUGCUAAGGGGUAAUCCGACUGGCAGUUCAUCUAUGCUUCUUUUGCUUUCUUUGGAACGAUCAUCUAUGCUUUUGAUUGUUGGCAGACGCUGAAAAUCACUUGUGGGCUGAAUUGCCACAAAAUCGAUUUCUCAGGCUCGCAGAUUGUAUUAUUGACAUAGGAAGUGUUUGUUUUGAGAUAUGAGGAUGUAGAUAAAUAAAAAUAUUACUACAAGCUAA